AUGGGUUUGUAUUCGCAAGUCCUCGAUAGCUCCAGGGGAAUGCUUCUCAAUAAUAAUUCAAAUGGCUCCUCCACGGACGGAGUCUCCAGAGGGGAUGUACUGUGCGGUGAGCACCAUUCUUUCGACAAGGGACUUUUCAAGACAACCAUACGAGCCUUCAGCUACAGCAUCAAGCUGGGGCUGAGAGGCAACCCUGAGCCCAAAGAAACGGUCUCCAUUUUUCAAAGCGAAGACAGCCCAUGCGAAUACGAGUACUAUGCGGUUUGCAUGGCGUUUUCUUGGUUCAUAUUCGGUCUCUUUAUAGCUUGCUUACUGCUUUCUAUUACAUUGCUACUGACUGCACGAUAUCAUGGCGGCAAUAAUAGCAGCAGCGGAAUAGAAUCAGAAGCACCUCUAGCCAAUAUCAACGACGAGGAAAAGCAGCAGCAGUUCUCCGAUAUAGCCUGA